AUCCCCCAGCGCGCCCACUCAACAUCACCUACUACAUAAUUCCCGCGGCGCGCUUAGUUUCUUCUUUCCAUCUUCAUCAUGGCGGAACGCUAUAUUCCCGAACAUCGCCGCACGCAGUUCAAGGCCAAGAACCAGUUCAAGCCCGAUGAGCUCCGCCGUCGUCGUGAAGAACAGCAGGUUGAGAUUCGCAAGGCCAAGCGUGAUGAGAACUUGGCCAAGAGACGUGGUAUCCAAACUCAGGAUGGUAGAAUCGGUGUUGGUGGCAUGGCUGCCGCCACUGAGAGUGAUGAUGAGGCCAGUGCUAUUGAGAGUGAGCUCAACGUCGAGCUUCCCCAGAUGGUGAAGGGAGUUUUCUCCGAGCAGGUUGAGGAGCAGAUUCAGGCCACCACUAAGUUCCGCAAAUUGCUUUCCAAGGAGCGCAACCCCCCUAUCGAGCGUGUUAUCGAGACCGGUGUCGUUGCCCGUUUCGUCGAGUUCCUUCGCUCGCCCCACACCCUGGUUCAGUUUGAGUCUGCCUGGGCUUUGACCAACAUUGCCUCCGGUUCCGCCCAGCAGACCCAGGUCGUCAUUGAAGCUGGUGCCGUCCCCAUCUUCGUCGAGUUGCUCAGCAGCCCUGAGCCCGAUGUUCGUGAACAGGCCGUUUGGGCCCUCGGAAACAUUGCUGGUGACAGCCCUCACUGCCGUGACUUUGUUCUGGGUGCCGGUGCCCUGCGCCCGCUUCUUAACCUCAUCAACGAUGGCCGCAAGCUGAGCAUGCUCCGCAACGCUACCUGGACUCUUAGUAACUUCUGCCGUGGCAAGACUCCCCAGCCUGACUGGAACACCAUUGCCCCUGCCCUUCCCGUCCUUGCCAAGCUCAUCUACAUGCUGGACGACGAGGUUCUGAUUGACGCUUGCUGGGCUAUCUCUUAUUUGUCCGAUGGUGCCAACGACAAGAUCCAGGCCGUCAUUGAGGCCGGUAUCCCCCGUCGCCUGGUAGAGCUCCUUAUGCACGCUUCUACCUCUGUCCAGACACCCGCGCUCCGUUCCGUGGGUAACAUUGUCACUGGUGAUGACGUCCAGACCCAGGUGAUCAUCAACUGUGGCUCUCUUCCUGCUCUGCUCUCCCUUCUGAGCUCUACCAAGGAUGGUAUCCGCAAGGAAGCUUGCUGGACUAUCUCCAACGUCACUGCUGGCAACUCCAGUCAGAUCCAGGCAGUCAUCGAUGCUGGCAUUAUUGCUCCCCUUAUCAACCUGCUUGCCAAUGGUGACUUCAAGACCCGCAAGGAGGCUUGCUGGGCUAUCUCCAACGCCACUUCCGGUGGUCUCCAGAAGCCCGAUCAGAUCCGCUACCUUGUUUCGCAAGGGUGCAUCAAGCCCCUGUGUGAUCUCCUGGCCUGCCCUGACAACAAGAUCAUCCAGGUUGCUCUCGAUGGUCUUGAGAACAUCCUCAAGGUCGGAGACAUGGACAAGGAGGCUGGUCAGCCCGGCGAGGCUCGUGUCAACCGCUACGCUCUCUUCAUCGAAGAGGCCGGUGGCAUGGAGAAGAUCCACGAUUGCCAGAACAACGCCAACGAGGAGAUCUACAUGAAGGCUUACAACAUCAUCGAGAAGUACUUCUCUGACGAGGACGAGGCUGGUGGUGACAUCGAGGAGCUUGCUCCCCAACAGACCCAGACCGGAUUCUCUCUCGGCACUGGCCAGCAGCAACCUGGUGGCUUCAACUUCGGCAACGGCGGUGAUACCAUGGAUAUGUAAAGACUUGUCUUUUCCCCAUGCACUAUCCCCCUCCCUGUAUCUUCUUCUUUUUUUCAAAACCAAACGUCGAAGCUACGCCCAGCGUAUCCUCGCAUGGGCGGGGCACCACUGGCUACCGAGAGGCCAGGUCGCUCGCAUACAGCCUCGACGCCUCUCGUGCGCUUCGA